AUAUAUAAAAUAUUGUGUGGAUUACAUAUAAUAGUAUUUAGAGAGAUUUUUUUAUUUUCUAAUAAUAUGACUAGAUGGCGACACUUGAUCACUUCCACGUAAAAAAUGGCGGACUGCAAGGAGAACAAAGAAGAGACAAGUAGACCAUCGUACGUUUUAAAAGUAGAUCCACCGCAAGAAUCACCAGGGGAUUCACCCGAAAAUUCCACCAGUGAAGAAAUGGAGAGUCCAUCAACAGAAAAUAAUACCCAGGAAUCACCAUCUAGUUCUAAUAAACCUGUGUUAGCUGCCUCAAAAUUUGGAACAUCAUUUGGAAGUAGUGAUUCCUAUAAAUCCUUAGUUAAAAAAAAAAGAUCUUUCACAUUAUGGCCUUCUCAAUUGAGCACAGUGACAAACAAUCAACCUACUACUAAAGUAUAUCUACAACCAGCCAAAUUUCAGAAUCCAUUUGCAAAAAUUACAGAUAAUUUUUUAGAUGAAAAGAAUAACACAGCAAAAGAAAAUAAUAAAACAGAAACGAAGGAAGAAAAGAAUGAAGAAAAAGAAGACACAAACGAGAAAGGAACUGAUAAAAAUGAAGCAGAAGAAACUAAAAGUGAAUUAAAAGAAACUCAAAAUGAAGUAAAAGAAACAAGUGAAAAAAAGCUAGUUGAGGAAACAAAACCUACUUUUUUGAUGUUAGGAACAAGCACAAAGGAUAGUGUAAAUACUACAGUAACACCUUGUGCCUCAGAACCAAACUUUGUGUUUGGUCAGAAUCUCCAAGAACGUGUUAUGAUUGCAAAUGAUGCAGAAAAUUCUGAAAAGACAGAAAGUGAAGAAAAAAAAGAAGAGAAAAAAGAAGAAAGUACAAAUGAAAAUGGUUCUACAGAACUUCUUUUUUCAAAUGCAUCCGCAGCGUGUCGUACUACCUCCAAACCAGGUUUAACAUUAACAGAAGCAGCUCAGGAAUUAGAAGAAGCAAAUCGUGCUAACAAAAGAAAGUAUAGCCAAAUAACACCACUAACUGGUGAAGAAGGAGAGACAAAUAUUCUACAAAUUAAUUGUAAAUUUUUUGCAUUUGACAAGUAUUCGAUUCUGUUCAGGCAAGUGGUGGUUGGCAAGAAAGGGGUAGAGGUACUUUGCGAUUAAACGAUCGUGAUGAAGAAUCUCGUUUAGUAGGACGUACAGCAGGAACACAGAGAUUAAUUAUGAACACAAAAAUAUGGCCAGGAAUGACUGCGGAACGUGCAGCACCUAAAUCAUUAAGAUUAACAGCAAUGGAUGUUCAAGGCAGUAUCAGAAUUUUUAUUGUACAAGCUGCACCUAAGGAAGUAGAACAACUUCAUAAUUUAUUACAACAGCGGUUAAAACGCGCACAGGAGCGACAACCUAAGAAACUAGCAACAGAGCACUGACAACUGAUUAGUCGUCCCUGCGAGCUAUUCGCUAAUUAUCAUCUAAAUUUACGCAACACGCAGAUUGCUAAUAUAUGAAAAAAUCCGGGAAUCUAUAUCAGGUCCUAUUUGUUUCUAGAAUAACUCGUAUACAAUAGAACUAUGGCUAUGAUUCGCGCUUCUUUGCCUGUGAAAGUUCUUGAUAAUAUAUCCCAUGCCAUAUUAAAAUCUACAGGCAGACGAAACAAAGAAGACGAAAAAAAUGAAAUCGAAUUCUUUCCGGUAUAUAUUUUCUAAUCAUUCCCAAUUAAUAAUUCUUCUUUUAUGCGGAUUUCAAACAGUUGUCUUUUUUUUUUUUUUUUUUUUUUAAUUCAAAGAAAACUUAGUUAGGGAUUUUUAAUAAAGCAUAAUACAAACACACAAACAGAUCAGUCAUAAAACCGUUGUUAUCUUGGAAGAUAAACGGUGUUUUCAGUUUUCAGUGAUAAUCUCUUUAUAAGAAUCACUUCGAUUUUUAUCGUAGCGAUAUUCUUAUCAAUUUAGAAUUCUAUUCCUUGUCCGCUAUAUAUAAAUAUAUACAUAAAUAUAAAUAUAUAAAUAUUGUACCUUUUAAGAAUGUUACUGUUAAUUUCGUUAUUUAUACGUAAUUCCGCUGUGAGCGAAAGUAACAGCUACAUACGUAUUAAUCGACGAGGAGAUAUUGUGAAUUUGAUUGGAACAACAAAAGACUUUGUUGAGAGCACAAAAUGUAAAACGUUGUUCCAUGAUCAAAUCUAUAGCUAUUUGUACUUUAUUUUAGUUGUAUAUAGCAUCAAGAUGAAUUGGACGAUUUCCUCGUCGUGUCUGUGUGUCUAUCAUGUGAAAAGGCUGUGUUUGAAGCGGUUUCUCUUUCUAAUUUUCUGCUUAAACAUAUUUACCGACAUCUCUCAUUCGUUUCACAAGAAGAAAGAAUGAGAAAGAUCAGUCGUGAAAUUUCUUUUUGAUGCAAUGCACAGUAAAGAGAAAGAGAAAAGAUAAUCUUAGCAGAAAAAAUGCUAUCCACACGAUAAAAAUCACGAAGAACUAUUGUUUCUCUGUAUUUGAUAUAUAAAGAAAUGAACUCACUGUACACAUCGUUAAUUACAUGAAAAGAAAUACAGACAUUUGUAUAAAAAGCCUUA